UUCCAGCUAUAGCACCACUGAUUGUAAUGAAUUAAGUCCUAAAACACCUAAAACGCUUGUUUUGGUUCAGUUUGCACCGUUUGCACUGCUUGCAUGUUUACAUGUUACGUUUGAUUUAAGAUUUUUUUUUUGUUAAAUUGCACAUUUAGUCAACUAAAUCGCCCGUUCGUUCUGGUGAAUUUACUAGACCAACAAAAUGGAUGAGAGAACAAUCAGGUCGAGAAGGCCCAUACGUCCCGCUCAACGCGGUAGCUAUAGUCCAUCACAUGGAUCGCCAAUUAGACGGAAUGAGAACGAAUUAUAUCCACAUUUGAGUGGAGGUGAAGAAGAAGAUGAUGUUGACCAAGAACUGAUUGAACUAGAGAGUUAUGCAGAUACGAAUUCAUCAUUAAAUACAACGCUAAAUAGUUCGUCAGAUGUAGCUGACUGCGGUGGAAUUAAAGUCAGUCGCUGCCGAAAGGAGAAGAAUGUGAAAUAUUAUCCGGACGGAAACGUUCAAGAGGUCAAUAUGUGGAAGACCAGCGAAAAGAUUUUACUUCCAAAAAAGGCCGAUGAAAGUCAAGGGAUGAUCAAGAUUGUGCUUGUAGGGAUUGGUGUUGUUGUUGUGAUGUUGGCGGCAGUUUACUUUUACCUUACGAAUCAUUCUCAAAUUGGUGGCGAUAUGAAGAGGCCGCCGUUGCGUUGCAGCUUCGAGCAAUCAGUACGAGAUUUUCCCAAACAAGACAAAAUGUUAUGGAAAUCUUUGGAACACGGCGUGGAAAGUGUACUGAACAACAUACCAACAAAACCAUCAAUUUUCCUGCUGGCUUAUGAGGACAUCCCAACUGCAAAUAAAAUUACUCGUAGUAUCGUCGAACGAGCUACCGAUUGCAUGGACUCGAAAGUGAACGCUUUGGUGCUGAGUUCCGACGAUCUGGCGCACCAUGAAAUGAAAACCGAUUACGGAGUGGUGAUUACGAAAUUUAAGAAUCAAUUGGAAAAGAGCGGCGUUAUGUUGGUGCAUGAUUUGAAUAAGGUACCCAGCAAAGUUGCUCCGGCUUUUCAUGUAUUUUGCGACGGACUUAAUCCACUGGUUGAUCGAUCCAUCAUUUUUUUGACGAUGCAAUUAACCGACAACAGCCACUCAAGUUCCUACGCCAAUACGUUGCAUUUGGUUGAAAAUUAUCUACGUUCCAAUUGGAGUGAUAUGGAAAAUUUCAUUUUGGAUCCGCUGAUUGCACGCGUUACCGAUCAAGUGUUUGUGCUGAACAAGGAAUAAGAAGAUCCCUAACUUAUGGUUGUCAUGUUUUGUAAUUUGUUGCCUAUCUUUUCGGACGAACCUUAAAUUAAAAUUCAAAUUCGACAAAUUUUUA